CGGAAAUCGAAAGAAGGAAGUGGGUUCUGCAAGUGUAGGGUUUCAGUGUCGCCAUUGUCAUGUGGUGGGUGGUGAGUGGUGACCGUUGGCUUGGUAAGAAUGGGAGAAUAGCUUGAAGAACAGGUUUCAGUUGCCAAGGCUUGAUAAAGUGAUCAUGGGAAAGAAAAGUCUUGAAUGUGAAAUUCCCUUGGGUGGUAUUAGUAUAGUAGAUGGGGUGAAGCGUAACCGGUGUGUGGUGCUACCAGCUAAAGUUCCUAUAGUUGCUGAUUCCUUAGAAAGGACAAAACAAAACUGGAUUGCUAGGGCGAAUUCCACUACUGAUUUAAUCAUACAAGUUGGUGAUUCCAGCUUCCACUUGCAUAAGCUUGCCAUGGCCUCAAGAAGUGAAUAUUUGAAUAGGCUCAUCUUUGAGAGGGAAAGCAACAGAGGAAAUGCAGGUGAUAGCCUCAAAAUCCAACUAAAAAAUCUCCCAGGUGGUGCUAAAACCUUUGAACUAGUAGUGAAAUUCUGCUAUGGAUGGAAAUUUGACAUGACUGCAACAAAUAUUGCCCCAUUAUACUGUGCUGCACAUUUCUUGGAAAUGAGUGAAGAUCUUGUGGAAGGAAAUCUCAUUUUCAAAGCAGAACCUUUUCUAACCUUCCUCAUAUACUCUUCAUGGAAAGACACUUUUAGAAUACUCAAAAAGUGUGAAUCCAUUUCCUCUUGGGCCAAGGAGCUGCAAAUUGUGAAAUGCUGCUCAGAAUCAAUAGCUUGGAAAGCAUGCACGGAAUCAAAUGCUAAAACCACAGGACUUGAUCCUUGGUGGUUUGAAGAUGUUUCGGUUCUACGCAUUGAUCAUUUCGUUGAAGUGAUCCAAUCUAUCCAAAGGCGCGGAGUCAAACCACAGCUUGUAGGUUCUUGUAUAGCAAAUUGGGCAACAAAAUGGUUUUCUCAAUUCACUCUUGGAAUUGAUAAGGUGACACCUAAAGACAUAACACUCCAGUUACGAAAAGUUUCAACUGAAUGCUUGAUUAAGAUGCUUCCUGUUGAAGAAAACUCAGUCACUUGCAAUUUUUUGCUACAACUGUUAAAGGCAGGGAUGGUGUCCAAAAUCAACCCUGCUUUGUUGUGUGUUGUAGAAAGAAGGGUAGCCUCAAUGUUGGAGCAAUGUCGCGUCUUGGAUCUCUUGGUUAAAAAUCAAGGAGACCAUGAAUCCUUGUAUGAUGUUGCUGUUGUAGUUAGGGUGUUGCAAUCUUAUGUUUGCAGCAUGUCGAGUAAUCCUGCAGCGAAACUCCACAAUGUUGGACGGUUGGUGGAUGGUUAUCUUGCACAAGUUGCAAGGGAUGAGAAUCUCACAGUGGAAAGUUUCAUUUCACUUGUUGAAGCAUUGCCUCAAAAUGCCAGAUUCUGUGAUGACAGCCUCUAUAGAGCCAUUGACAUGUUCCUUAAGGCACAUUCCAAUUUGACAGGAGAAGAUCGAUCAGGUGUGUGCAGGGUCCUGGAAUACCAUAGAUUGUCGCAGGAAGCACGUCAGCAUGUGAUGCACAAUGAUAGGUUGCCCUUGAAAUUAACAACAAAAUUUGUCCUUCUAGAACAAGUGAACAUGACAAGGUCAAUGACUAAUAAUGGAUCGAAUUACCGAAGGACUAAUACUCAGACAACAAUCAGAGUAAGCAAAGAUUUUGAAAAGAGACAGAUAAAUGCACAGGAAAUAAAGAUGAUGAGCAAAGAUGUUGAAAUGAUGAAGUCACAACUCUUGGAACUAAAUACCUGUAAAAUAAAGCUCCAAAUGCAACUGAAGAGAUGCAUUCGUUGAAAGAGAGUUUGUUAUGUAAAAAGUAACACUUCAACAUGAGGAUUAAGGAGCACAUUUUCUCAUUUUCUGUCAUAAGCUGAUUAGAAAUUUUAACACA